AUGUCCAGCAGACGUGGUUGGACCAAGUUGACAUACAACAACCAAAACCUGGACUGCAGUGUGAAGGUGAACGGCCACUUAACCGACAUGGGUGGCCCAAGCCUGCACCGAAAUUUCAUGGCCAUGACCACUCAUGCAACGAACUCCGAAAGACUUCCAAACGUGCCCUUUGUCGGUGCGUGCAGCUCACCAGACUCUUGGAGUCCAUUCUUACCUGCAGACCUUGUGCGGCGCAUCAUGCUGAAAUGCACCGAGGUCGUGGCCUUGCAGGCCGUGUCCAACGUACAGGUUUGGAUGGGAACUUCAGAUGACUGGAUCGGGACAUCGGAUCGGCCGACGAAGGUCCAAGGUGUCUUCCGCGGAGGCGAGUUUGUGCCAAGUCCACACGGCCGAAUCUUGCGGGUCCACUCAGGUGAGGAGGAUGUCUUCGUGUAUUCGACUCAUCCCGACAGCCAUGCCAUCAUACUGUCCCACUAUGGCCAGUGGGAUGACGUGCUGGUGAGAUCCUCAGCCAUAGGAUCCCGGGGAGGCGUCCCGUCCCAGCUUCGGCUCCCUAGGCUGCUACACAAUCAGACCUCCACUCCUCGACUUCAGAUGGGGCCUAUGGCAUCUACGCCUGGAUCUCGGGGUCCCCAGCCGUUUUGUCUUUAG